AUGGCCGAUAUGAGCGGUGAACAGAUGCAGGCCAAGAUCACUGCGGCCAGGCGUGAAGCUGAGGGUUUGAAGGACAAGAUUAAGCGCAGAAAGGAUGAGCUGGCCGAUACCUCCCUCGGUCAAGUCGCGCAGAACCAAACAGAUGCUCUACCACGAAUUGGAAUGAAGCCCCGACGCACGCUGAAAGGUCACCUCGCUAAGAUUUAUGCCAUGCACUGGUCCACCGAUCGGCGCCAUCUCGUCUCGGCUUCACAGGACGGAAAGCUCAUCAUCUGGGAUGCCUACACCACAAACAAGGUCCAUGCGAUUCCCUUGCGCUCGUCAUGGGUCAUGACCUGUGCCUACGCCCCGAGCGGAAACUACGUCGCUUGCGGUGGUCUCGACAAUAUUUGUUCGAUUUAUAACCUAUCCUCACGCGAAGGCCCGACUCGUGUCGCGCGCGAGCUCUCCGGACACUCGGGAUAUCUCUCCUGCUGUCGCUUCAUCAACGACCGCCGCAUCAUUACCUCAUCUGGCGACAUGACCUGUAUGCUGUGGGAUAUCGAGUCUGGAACCAAGGUCACCGAGUUCGCCGACCACCUGGGUGACGUGAUGUCGAUCAGCAUCAACCCAACCAACCAGAACAUCUUCGUUUCCGGUGCAUGCGACGCUUUCGCCAAGUUGUGGGAUAUUCGUACCGGAAAGUCUGUCCAGACAUUCGCCGGCCACGAGUCCGAUAUCAAUGCCGUUCAAUUCUUCCCCGACGGCAAUGCUUUCGGUACUGGUUCCGACGACACUUCCUGCCGUCUGUUCGAUAUCCGUGCCGACCGCGAGCUUAACACCUAUCAGAACGACCAAGUUCUGUGUGGUAUCACUUCCGUUGCGUUCUCGGUCUCCGGCCGGUUAUUGUUCGCCGGUUACGAUGAUUUCGAGUGCAAGGUAUGGGACGUUCUGCGUGGCGACAAGGUGGGCUCUUUGAGCGGCCACGAGAACCGUGUGAGCUGUCUCGGGGUCAGCAACGAUGGCAUCAGUCUGUGCACUGGAUCUUGGGAUUCCCUUUUCUUUGGUUGUCGACGGAUGUACAGUGACUGCAGCCAGCAGAAGGAAAUGUUGGAACCAGUCAAUCCAUCUGACGAUUUCUCCGUCGCCCCUAUCUCUUGUCCUUCGAUUUCCCCCUUUGACUUCUCGAUGACGCCCUUUCCCUUUUUCUUUUUUUCUUUUUUCUGA